AUGACGGUCUCCGCUGGAGAAACCGUUCAGUCAACGGGAAUCCCGCGGUGGCGUUUUGUUUUUGAUCAGGGGUGUGUAUCCAAGACCAUCAUCAACCAUAGCUAUGAUGGUUCCGGUACUGAAGAGGAUCCGUACCAGGUCUCCUGGAUGGAAGCCGACGAGCGAGAUCCCAUGAGAUUCUCGCACGUGUCCAAAUGGUUCAUCACGAUCCUAGUAGGCGUCUUAACAUUAGCAGUCUCCUUAGUGUCUUCCGCCUACUCAGGCAGCCUCAACGAAGUCAUAUCGGACUUUCAGGUCAGCGAGGAAGUUGCGAUCCUGGGCAUUUCGCUAUACGUCGUGGGUUUUGCGGUGGGACCCCUAUUCUGGGGGCCUCUCAGUGAGAUUUAUGGUCGACGAUACAUCAUGAUCGCCAGCUCCGUGGGCCUUACGGCAUUCACAGCGGGCACGACUGGAUCGAAGAAUAUCUGGACCUUGGUCAUCCUCCGCUUCUUUGCAGGUACUUCUGGUUCUGCACCGUUCGCAGUGUCUGGGGGUGUAAUAAGCGAUACAUUCCCAACUAUCUCCCGUGGUCUAGCCAGUGGACUGUACUGUGCUGCACCUUUCCUGGGCCCAACACUCGGUCCCAUCAUUGGUGGCUUUUUAUCCGAGUCGGCAGGUUGGCGCUGGGUUGAAGGCAUGGUCGCUGCAUUUGCUGGCAUUUUGGCCAUUGUUACCUUCUUCACUUUGCCAGAGACAUACCCUCCAGUGCUAUUCCGGAAACGCGCCCAGCGCCUCUCUGCUAUCUCAGGCCGCGUUUAUCGAAGCAAACUCGACAUUGAGCAAGGAAAGAAAUCCCCAGCAACAGUCUUGAAGCUUGCCCUCUCCCGACCCUGGGUGCUUCUCUUCCGUGAGCCUAUCGUUCUGCUUCUGUCGAUUUACCUCUCUAUUAUCUAUGGCAUCUUAUAUCUCAUGUUUGCGGCUUUCCCCAUCGUCUAUGAAGUGGAACGCGGUUGGAGCGAAGGUGUUACCGGACUUUCUUUCUUGGGAAUCCUAGUCGGUAUCCUAAUCUCAACUGCGGCCACGUUCCCGAUGUACUUCAGUUAUAAGAAGAAGUCUCUAUCUACACCCGGCCGAGUUGCUCCCGAGGAACGUCUUCCCCCUUCGUUCUGGGGUGCUAUUGCACUUCCCGUCGGCCUGUUCUGGUUUGCCUGGACGAAUUCCCCUUCGAUCCAUUGGAUGGCCUCCAUUGCCGCCGGUGUUCCGUUCGGGUUCGGCAUGGUGAUGGUUUUCCUUCCCGUGUUAAACUAUCUGAUAGAUGCGUAUACGAUUUAUGCCGCGUCUGUCCUGGCCGCUAACGCUGCCCUGCGUUCCAUCUUCGGCGCCGCAUUCCCAUUGUUCACUACGCCCAUGUACAAGAACCUUGGUAUUCACUGGGCUUCGUCCAUUCCUGCCUUCUUAUCUCUUGCAUGUGUGCCCAUGCCAUUCCUCUUCUACCGAUACGGUGCGGCCAUCCGGGCGCGGUGCCAUUAUGCCGCGCAGUCGGAUGCGUUUAUGGAGAAGAUGUUUGGACACGUUGUGCAUUCGAAGAAAAAGGUGAUGGACGAAACAAGUGAUAAUUCGGAUUAA